CUCUAGAGAGAGAGAGAGAGAGAGAGAGAGAGAGAACAAGGAGAUACAAGUGAAGAAAGGAUUAAAGGCAUUACGAGAAAAGAGAGAAAGAAAGGGGAGAUUAGAGAGUGGUGUGCUAAUGGAAAAGGAAUACCUGGGCCUCAGCCUCAGUCUCAGCUUCUCCAGCAAUGGCUUCCCUGGUCUCCUGCAUUCCUCUUCCGCUUCCCAACCAUCGUCUUCCUCCUGUCAGCAGAAGCCGGCUCAAUGGCGUCAUCUCCUCCACGACCGUUCGGGUAAACGACAUCGAUAUGUAUAUCCUUCUUUCGACUGGUCUUGAGAUCGUAUACUGUAUGCAUGCAGAAAGCAGACCGAUCUUGGACGUGAAUCAAGCGCCCUCGGCGGCAGCAGGGAGGAACAGCGAGGAGGACGGAGGGGUGUCGUCUCCCAACAGCAGGGCCUCGAGUGCCACCGCGAAGAGGUCAACGGAGCGCGAAGCAGGCUCCAGGGGCGUCAGCGACGAGGAGGAUGACGGCGAUGGCUGUCGUAAGAAGCUUCGACUAUCCAAGGACCAAUCCGCCAUCCUCGAAGAGAGCUUCAAAGAACACAGCACCCUCAACCCUAAGCAGAAGCUUGCGUUGGCUAAGCAACUGAAUCUGAGGCCAAGGCAAGUGGAAGUGUGGUUCCAAAACAGGAGGGCGAGGACGAAGUUGAAGCAGACGGAGGUGGACUGCGAGCUCCUCAGAAGGUGCUGCCAAGACCUCACGGAAGAGAACAGAAGGCUGCAGAAAGAAGUCCUGGAGCUGAGAGCUCUGAAGCUUUCGCCGCAGCUCUACAUGCACAUGACGCCUCCCACCACACUCACCCUGUGCCCCUCCUGCGAGCGAGCCUGCGGCUCCACCUCCGCCGCCUUAGCUGCUGCAUCAUCAUCAUCGAGGAACCAACCGCCGGCGGAGUACCACCAAUUCCUCCACCAGCAGCGACCUGUUGCAGCUCCGUGGGCGCCGAUUCAGCUCCGUCCAUCGUUCCUCGAUGCUCCUCCACAGCGCUCUUGACUCCCAUAGUUCGAUGUAACGCCGUUAUCUGAUACCGAUACUGAGCGGACGCAGUGAAUGCUGUUGUUGUCAGCAUAUGGUGGUGGUGAGGAUGAUGAUGGGAAUCGCUGGUGGGUGAUGGGAAUCCCAUCAGCUUUUCUUUUUGAUGGGCAUUCUACAACUCCCUACUCUCUCUCUGUGUCUUUAUUUUCUUAUCAAGAUUAAUUAAUCCAAAGCAACCAAAAACACAAAAACAAAAAAAGGCUUGUAUUAUAAUUGGUAGUGGUGAGGUGGUGGGAGUGUCUCAGUCAAAAGACUCAAAACUCUCGUGUAAAUCUCAAGUUCUUUCUUUAAUGACCACCCCCAGCUUUUGUCA